UUGGCUGGUGUCGCUUCCCUGGGCAGAGAGAGAAGAGGAGGAAGGGGAAGAAUAGACUGGAGCCAAAGAAUGUAAAAUAUUAAAUGAAUAAAAGUGAAAUAAAUCGAUAGUUUAGUGGGUCGUGUUUAAUCAUGAGAAGAGUCACACUGUUUGUGAACGGAACCUCCACCAAUGGGAAGGUGGUGGCUGUGUACGGCUCUCUGGAGGACUUACUGUCUGUGGCGAGCUCUAAACUGGGAAUCAGAGCCUCUAGUGUUUAUAACGGGAACGGCGGCCUCAUUGACGACAUCACGUUAAUCAGAGAUGAUGACGUGCUCUACAUAUCGGAGGGAGAAUCAUUUGAAGGUAAAGUUCAAUUACAAUCAUUUAAAAUAAAUCCUGAGGAUGAAAAUACCUGUUAGUAACAUCUUAUCCAA